AUGACACUCUUGGUCGGCAAGUCGGGGAAGCUGUUUUCUAUGCACGGGUGCUCGAUCAAGGAUAUCCUUGUGAACCGUGAGGUGGUUCUAGCAACUAUCAAGGGGAUGAAUGGCAAUCCACGAGUUUCGGCAUACACUCUCCAGAAAGCAAUUCUGACCGUGUUCCAAGACUUGAAACUCUAUCCAGCUGGCAUCUAUUCCGACAUACCGGCGGUCCAGUCCUGGGCAUUGAAGUAUGGUGUGGCCAUCAAGAAAUUGGUUUCGAGGCUGCGCCGACUUAUGCGACGAUCGGAAACUUCGAAGUAUGACAAACUCACUGAGGUCAAGAGAACCGCCCGUUCUUAUGGCUGGGGGGAGCUAGCUCCAAAGUCAUCUUCGGGGAAGAAAGUGGACCCCUGUCAAAAAAUAUAUUUGUUUGUUCUAAAAUCUGUGUUUUGUCAAAAAAAUCUGUGGGUUCAACAUGAAAUUCAGUUAUAG